UGUAUGAUAUCCGACAUCAGCUACAUCAAUAUCAACAAAAGUUUUUUUAUAACACAAAAUAAUUUAAAAGUUUAUAUACCUUCGAAAUUUUCUCGUCAACAGCGGAUGUUAUGCGCGCUCAAGGUGCCGCCCAUAUAAUAGCAAUAGAUGUUGGAUCGCAAGACGACACCGAUCUGACAGAUUACGGUGAUGACUUGUCCGGAUGGUGGCUACUCUACAAACGUUGGAACCCUUUCACAUCACCAGUUAAAGUACCAAACUUACCAGAUAUACAGUCACGCCUGGCAUAUGUUUCUUGCGUGAGGCAAUUAGAGGAAGUGAAAAAGAGCGACUAUUGUGAAUAUGUUCGUCCACCAAUUGAUAGUUAUAAGACGUUGGCUUUUGGAAGCUUCGAUGAGAUAAAAAAUGUUGGAUAUGAACAUGGCAAAUCCUACUUUGAAAACAUGGCUAAAUGCGGUCGUUUAUCUCGUUUUAAUCAAUGGAGCCUGAGCAAUGUCCCUCAAAGAGUGAUGCAUUCAUUCAACGAUUACACAUUCAUUGAUUUAGCCCAAAUAGUGUGUAAGGUACCAGAAACAUAUCCGGAGCGAUGUUAUUCUUCCAGCGAAGAUGACUAUUAUGAUGGUUACGCCUCUGAACCCUCUACAAUUCCGCUGAACAAAAGUUCUUCAUUGCGAAUGAGGCGCACGGCUGGCUCAUUAUCGCUAUCCGAAAAUGAAAUGGACUCGGAUGAAUUGGAGAUACCAGUUGCAUUCAAAAAACUUCAAGGGUCAACACCAACGCCAGAAAGAAAUAGUAGCGUGCCAGCAACGCCAGAAAAAAACUGUUCACAGUGACUAAUACCAGCAUUUUAAUGAUCUUCGUUAGUUGUUUAAUACUUUUGCGUUGUUUCUUUGAAUCCCAUACCAAAUAUUGAUUCCACUUCAACUUAAAUCGCUAGAUUUUUUUGUAUAUAUGAUCAUAGGUUUGUCUAUUAGUUUUCUCAGUAUGAAAUAAAAAUAUGUUUUUAGUUGCUUAUGAA